AAAUAUUGAAGUUUAAAAUGGCGUCUAGUGGGAGUGAUAUUUCGUCUGACGAGAUAUAUAAUUUUAAAUGUUCUCCAUGUUUGGACGAUAACAGACAUAGAGAAGCUUCGAAAUACUGUGUGGAAUGUCAGGGAUACUUUUGUCAACCAUGUGCCGAGAUGUUUCACAAAUUGCCGGGAUUAAAGUCUCACAAGUUUUUGGAUCAGACGAAUUACAAGUCGUCAAGUGUCCUUGGACAGUUGCCAGCUAUACCCACUCAGAUAUGUAGCGUUCACGAGACAAAAAUUGUGGACAUGUAUUGUGGAAAUCAUGAUGAGGUUGCAUGUACAUCUUGCAUGACACUGAACCAUAGCUCUUGCUCUGACGUGAAGUCAAUCCCGGAUAUUGUCGACAACGCAUUUAAAAUGCCAGACAUCAAAAGGAUGAAUCAAAAAUUGAAAGAUUUGAAAAUAUUAAAGGAAAAAGUAGUUGAUACCAAACGUGUCCAGAGAGAAACCUUGAAAAAGUCUAAAUUAGACGCAUUAACUGAAAUAAGAAAGUAUCGAAAAGAUCUCGACGCUUUCCUAGAUAACAUCGAGAAAGAAUCGAUAAGCGAGGUUUUGGAGAUAUUCCAAAAGGUUGACCAGGAAAUUUGCAAAGAUAAAACGAAAGCAGAAAACGAAAUAGACCGUCUAGAACGUUCGUUGAAUGAUUUGAAACAAUCGGAAGGAAACAACGCCCAGCUGUUUGUUUCAUUGAAAAUGGCUGCUUCAAAUAUUUCAAAGAUGGACGACGACAAAAUACAAGAACAAACCAGUUCUGAGACAAGGAUCACAUAUCAUUUUAAUCCUACUAUACAAACAUCUCUUCAAAACCUCAAAACGUUCGGAUCUGCUCUUCAGCCAAGAACAGCAACAUCAGUCUGGUCAGUUGAAUGUAUUAAAGAUUUUGAUAUCAGUUUACAAUCUGACAGAGGAACAUGUUGUGUAUAUGGAACCUGUUUAACAACAGACGGAUUCUUACUUAUAAGUGAUUACACCAAUAAAAAACUUAAGCGUGCUGAUAUUCAAAAUAUGUCAGUUAAGGAUCAUUGUUUACUUCCUACUCAGCCAUGUGGUGUAUGUUGUACAAGUGAUACUGAAGCUGUUGUCUGUUUAGACAAUAAUUCAGUUCAAUUUGUUUCGCUGAACAGACAACUGACUCUCACACGAAGUAUGAAAUUUAACCACGAAUGUUUUGGCAUUGCUUAUAAAGAUCAGAAACUGUAUAUAACAGACAAUUAUAUCUCAAUAUAUAUAUAUGAUUUAACAGGCAAUGUGUUACAGGUUGUAAAUCAAGACAAUAAUGGGAGGAUUAUAUUCUCAAAUACGCGCAAUAUUGCUUUUAGUGAUGUAGACAAUAAGAUGUUUGUUGCUAGUUGGACAAAAGGUAUUAUUUUUCUGGAUGGAAAAGGGAAUUACUGUCAGACUUUAACCGAUCCGGAAUUACAAACUGUGUCAAGUGUUUGUGCAGACGGUAAAGGAGCUUUGUUUGUGUCCGGGUUUUAUUCAAAUAACGUUAUACAACUAGGAAGUGAUGGUAAGAAACUAGGCGUGAUCGUAAAAUCAUCCGAUGGACUGCAGAGACCAGACUCUAUCUGUUUUGACAAUAGGAAACGUAUGUUAUUUAUUUCCCAAAGAAAUAGCAAUAUUGUUAAAGUUGCUUUUCUGAAAUAAAGAUAUCAGAAAACAUAAAACAAUGAAAAAUAUAUAGAGUGUUAUCAUAAAAGUAAUACCAAAUUCGACAAACACUCAAUUAAUAUAUAUUGUUCAGAAAUUAACUUUACCCUCUCUCCAUCACUAGGAUACUAGGAACUUGGUAGAAAAAAGCAGUUAAGAUAAAAAAAAAUCAUUAUAUAUCAAUUAAUGCGAUUAAUCUCUCUCAACAGCCAACUGACCCUCGCACGAAAUAUGAGGUUUAGCAUUAUUGUUUUGGCAUUCCUUAUAAGGAUCUGAAACAUGAAGUUAUGAUAUAAAUAACACACAAAUCAUGAUUUAUGUCAUUACUGAACACAUUCUUAGCCGCGUUAGGUACCUCAAUAUAAAUUUACAUGUACAAGGUAUUUUUUAAUAGAUUAUAGAUGCUAAAACUUAUUAAUUAUAAAUAGAUGAACUGCUUGUUGUUGCAUCUUUUCUCUUUUUAAACCAAAAGCAAAAGUGCAACCACAUUAGGGCGCUUACAAGUAUAUUGUGAUUUUGCAAGUACUUUAAGUGAAACUGAAUAACUCUUACAACAUGUUGUUAAUACUGGUACUGGUACUGCAUUACUGCUUUAAAAAGCUUUACUGCUAUUGCAUUACCAGGCAGUACUUUGGUUUUGAUUAAAAGUCAUCAGUCUUUUCUCUUUGUGUAAACAAGAACAAGAUAAAGGCACCAUAAAAGUUAUUUACUUUGGUAUAAGUUGAACAGAGGUGUGAUGGUGUGAAAGGUAACAAAAAACGUGUGUUUUAAAUGAAAGAUGAUCAUUGUAUUACAAUUAACUGGUUACUAAACAAUAAGAUAAUUAUGACAUGAAUAUAUGUUGUAAAUAUUGUUUGUAAAAGAUAUGUCAAAACAUUAAAGUUGUAAAGAACUUAAAGUCAAUAUUAAUUCCAUUUUUUCUGAAUAAUAUUUACAUUUCUUUUUUAAAAUUUGAAGUGUACAAAUGUGAGAUGGA